AUGUACAUCUCCAAGAGUAGUACACUUGCUCUAGCAAUGCUAGCAUCCGCACAGACAAGCUACGCCAACUCCAACUGCGACGUCCUCAAAUAUGGCACCCCCGAGUCGGUGGGCAUGCUGUCCAAGCCGCUCAAGCAAAUGGUCACCAACCUGACGCACUUCACCGAGAAGCGCAACUGGACGAGCCACUCGUACAACCAAAUCGUGCCCAUUGAACCCGGAGGCACGACCAUCAUCGCCCACAAGGGCACCAUCGUGAGCCACUUUGCCUUUGGGAAGCGGAAUCUGUGGGCGGGCGUCAACGGCACCGAGGGCACGCUGCUGCCGCCGUCGAAGCAGGAGGCCGCCACGGAGGACACCAUCUACGACAUGGCCAGCCUGACCAAGAUGUUCACGACGGUUGCGGUGCUGCGGUGUAUCGACAGGGGCCAGGUGUCACUGAAUGCCACGGUGGCGAGCUACGUCCCCGAGUUUGCUGUCAAUGACAAGGGAAACGUGACGCUUUUGCAGCUGCUCACGCAUACGAGUGGGUUGAAUGCCGAUCCUGUGCCGGGGCUGUUUGACCCCAGGUAUCCGACGUAUGAGUCGAGGAUCAAGGCGAUUCUGGGCCAGAAGCUGGUGUAUAAGACGGGGACCAAGUACCUCUACUCGGACCUGAACUUCAUGACGUUGAUGCUGGUGGUGGAAAAGGUCACGGGGAAGAAGCUCGAUGACAAUAUCUACGAGUACACGAGCUUGCUGGGCAUGCACAGCACCUUCUUCAACAGGGGCAACGUCGAGGGUCCCAAGUUCAAGUACUACAGGAAGAUGGCGGCUCAGGAGUUUCAAAUCGCCGUGGAGGGCAACAUCCCGGGACUGCCUCAGCGUCCGCAGCCUGUUCGUGGGACGGUCCACGACGAGAACGCCUGGGCUUUGAACGGCGUGUCCGGCCACGCUGGUCUGUUUUCUACGACGGGCGACACCGCGCGCUUCUGUCAGAUGAUUCUGAAUAACGGCACGUACGGCGGCCAUCGGAUACUGUCCAAAAAGUCGGUGGAUUUGAUCUUUACGAAUUUCCUGGCGGACUUGGGUGAGGAUCAUGGCGUUGGGUUCGAGCUGAACCAGUUUUAUACGGCUGGUCCCAUGGCGAAUAUGCUGGCUGCGAGUCAUACGGGCUUCACGGGGACGUCUAUGGUGAUUGAUCGGGCGAGUAAUACGCUGUUUGUGCACUUGAGUAAUCGGGUGCAUCCGAGCAGGAGCUGGAGUAGUAAUAAUAUUGUGAGGGAGACGUUGGGCGCGUGGGUGGCGACGGCGCUGGGGAGGAGGGUUGAGUUUCCGCUGUGA